AUGGAGGAAUCGACGACGACGAUGACAACGGGGAAACCCAUCAAAUGUAGAGGUAAGGCGGGGAAUCACUUCUACCCAAACCCUGGCUCCGCCCGCUGGGAAUCGAGGAUUCUGUUCUGAUGCCCGUUCGGAUGAGCAGGGGCGGUGUGCAGAGGGCCGGGGCAGAGGCUGCGUAUGGAGGAGGUGAUGGUGGCCUCCCCCGGCGCCUUCCAAGUCCGCCUCAAGAUCGUCUGCUCGUCCCUGUGUCACUCCGACGUCACCUUUUGGCGCAUGGAGGUAGGUCUGCCUGCCAAUCAUUCCUCUGCGCCUUGUGACCCUUGCAAUGUGGUUGAUCUGACGGCCCUUCUGCCCGCUUCCAGACCUUCCCCGCUCUCUUCCCCAUGAUCUUCGGGCACGAGGCCUUCGGGUAGUUCUAUCUACUCUGUCUCCACUUCGACAAUGAUUCCGAGAGGGUGGGUUACCGAGUGCUGAUGCUCAUGGUUCGUUGGGAUCGAUCCGUCGACGACUGCAGGGUCGUGGAGAGCGUCGGCGAGGGCGUGGAGGAAGUGAGCCCCGGGGAUCUGGUCGUCCCCUCCUUCUUGGGGAACUGCGGCGACUGCACCGAGUGCCGCUCCGAACGCACCAACCUCUGCGCCAUCGGCUUCAACCCAAUGGGGGGCCUCCCCCGCUCCGCCCCAACCCCCUUCGCCACCGCCGAGGACGGCGCCGCCAUCCACAACUUCCUGGGGGUCUCCAGCUUCGCGGAGUACACGGUGGUGGACGUCUCCCAGGUCACCCUGGUCGACCCGGCGAUCCCGCCCGAAAAGGCCUGCCUCCUGAGCUGCGGCGUCUCCACAGGUAUCAGGAUCGAUCAGCUCUUCGUCAUCGACUUCCCGUUGAAUUAUUAGGAUCGGCUAGCUCUUCCUGAUGACGACCCGGGUGCCGUUGCGGCAGGGGUGGGGGCGGCGUGGAAGGUGGCGGCGGUGGAGCAGGGUUCGUCCGUGGCGGUGUUCGGGCUUGGGGCCGUGGGUCUCGGGGUACGCUUUCUCCCGACGUCCCUUACCAGCUCUGCUAUCAUCAUCAUCUGGUCAUUUGCGUCGUCUUCUAGUUAACCCCACGCGCUCACUUUAACCACGAAAAUACAAACGCAAUUUCGAUUCACUCCGGGCCGACCCUCCAAUUUUUUUCCUUUUCGGUACUUAACUGUAAAUCAUAUGCGGUCCAGGUGGUAGAGGGAGCCCGACUCCGAGGGGCUUCUACGAUUAUCGGCAUCGAUCUGAACCCCGAAAAGCUGGAUAUCGGUACGCUCCGACAAUAAGAUGCGUAUUUAUAGCUGCCGUUAGAACUAUUACAGAAAAAUGCACACGUAUUUAUGCAGACAUUAUAUAAGCGACAAAAAUUUUGACAAUUAGUGCGCCAAGUGCAGGUAAGAAACUUGGAUUAACUGAUUUCAUCAACCCAAAGGAUAUAGGAGACAGACCCCUCAGUGAGGUAAACGCUCCCCAUUCUCCUUGUCUUGUUGACGACAUCCAGACUCCGAGAUACUGAAAGGAUUGGACGGCUGGGUGCCACGAAGCAGGUCAUCGUGGAGAUGACUGACGGAGGAGUAGACUACUGCUUCGAGUGCAUUGGAUUGGCGUCCCUCGUGAGCGAGGCUUUUGCAAGCUCGCGGAAGGUUUCCAUACUUCUUUCCCCCUUGAGAUUAUGAUCAUUAAUCAACAAUGAUGCCAACUACUUCCGAGAAAAAAGGAGAGUUUUUGGGUCGAUUUUGGCAAUUUCCCCGCCAGUACUAGUCGCAUGCGCAUGACCAAUAUGGUUGGCCUCAUCGAUGGCGAUCUAUAAGACCAUCCAUGCACUAAUUAAUCUGUAAGUUUUUCUAGUGUUUUAGCAUUUUAAUAUAUAAGGAACAGCACCCAUGAUUUUAUGGUCGACUAUACAAGAAUUGCACGGAUCAUUAGUUUAUUAUCUCAACUCCAUGAAGCAGCUCGCUACACCAAACAGAUCAUGUACAGAAGAGAAGAAAAAAAAACCGCCUUACACUUUUCUAGGUAUUCUCACUAAUCAACCCCAUCUUCUCUUUAUCUGUUUUUUCGUUCCGGCGCUAAGAACGAACUCGUUUAGCUCUUCUCAUGUGGGCUAAAACAGAGACGCUUGCUUUUGUUUCAGUUUCUGGUAGCCAUCCUUUUCAGAGAAAUGCUCACUGCUCUUUCUAAAAAUAGACAGAGAGGAAAGCUAUCACGAAGCUUGAAAGAUGGCUGAAAUCGUUAAUGUGCGCACUGUAUUGCUGUCGACAUUAUUCUGUUUGCGCUAAUGAUGUAGGGGUGGGGUAAGACCAUAAUAUUGGGCGUGGAGAUGCGCGGAGAGCCAUUUAGCAUCAGCUCGGCUGAGAUCAUGCAAGGGAAAACAGUCACAGGUUCAGUGUUCGGAGGGAUCAAGGCCAAAAGGGACAUACCGAUUCUGGUUAAGCAGUAUCUCGACAAGGUCAGUCUCACAAGCAAAGCGAUGGGUUGCUUCUAUCUUCAUGAUGACUUUGUCGUCCUCGGACGUUCGGCCCUGACACAGAGAAGCUCUGUUGGGCCUGGGUGAACUUCCGCUUUGAGGCACUUGAUGUGGCCCAUAUAGAUACUUCCAGCUUAAAACCAGCAAGAAAACGAAGAUCGACGAUAAUCCGUAAUGUUGCUUACUUUUCUUUUCUCCUUGCAGGAGCUGCGGUUAGACGAGUUCAUUACACAUGAAUUGGGGUUCCAGGACAUAAAUAAAGCAUUUGAUUUGCUCGUACAAGGAAAAAGCAUCCGAUGCAUCGUAUGGAUGGACCGAUGA